AAGAAUAUAUUAGAAUACAACAAGAACAACAAAGAAAUGAAGGACCAUCAAUAAUCACAGAAUAUAACAAAGACCCUAUAGAAAUAGGAAUAAACCAAGAAUCAGACUCACCAUACUUAAGACCAGUAAUAAGUAGACCUGGAACACCCAGUUAUAAAGAAAAAACACCAGAUUACAG